AUGCUCUUUUUCGUCAGCCGUACCAUCUCCUCACGUGGCGCAGCCUGCACCAAAAAGUUCCCGUCGGAGACGAGAAAAGUCCGCAGCAAUUCACCUCACACGACCAGCAUGGCCGAAGUCUUCGGCACCGUGACUGGCGCUUUGAGCGUGGCGGCCUUGUUCAACAACUGCGUCGACUGCUUCGAGUACAUCCAACUGAGCCGCCAUUUCGGUCGAGACUUCGAACGCUGCCAACUGAAACUCGACAUCGCCAAGAUCCGAUUGAGUAGAUGGGGCAAAGCAGUCGCGAUCAACGACGACCCACGCUUUGCCACCGACGCGCCUGACGACAGAGAUUCACGACAGGUCCAAGCGAUCCUGGAAGAGAUCGAACUGCUCUUCCAGACCGUACAGAAGUCAUCGAAGCGGUACGAGAUCGAUGCCAGGAAAGAUGAUUUGAAGCGAACGGGUUUGUUAGCGAAGGCGGCGUGGGCGCUGUACGACGGCAAGAACUUUGACAGGCUGGUAGAACAGAUCACGGGAUUUGUGGAUGAUCUAGAGAAGCUGUUUCCUGUGGAUACCACGCGUCGUAAGCUCGUGGAGCUAGAAAUUGAGGAGGUGGACGAUGAGCCGAGCUUGAUGGCUCUGCAGGACGCUGCUGCCGGUACCGAUAGUGUCUUGUCCGAGGCCGUUACGGAGAAGAUUGAAGGAAUCGCAGGGAGAAACUAUGCAAAGGACAUCAACAGCGAAGGGAUGGCGAGGGUGCGAGUCGGGAACGAGUGGAGCGAGACUGCCUUUGCUCGUGGCACGGGUAUCGCGGAUCGGACCGCGAACCUAGCCGAUUCUGUCGCGGCGAAGGGUACGUCCGCGGUACACAUCGGGAACCAGUAUGGCGGACGGGGCAUCUUUAAUUAG